CCUUGAAAAUAAUGGCGCGUCCUUCAGUCUAUUUAGUAGGAUAACGCUUCGAGAUGGUGUUAUUGUACAUUUCUUUUUUGAUUAAAUUGUCCAUACCUUCAAGUCUUACAGGCUUUGUAGUUACACACACAGAAAAACUCCCACAUUUCGCUCUACGUGGUUUUAUGUCAACGAACGACAUACUCUAUUUUCACUUUUCUGUACCGCAUCACACUUUCAGUAGCAAACUGUCUGUAUCUGCAAAUUUUCAUGACUGCUUGCCUGAAGACAUCAUCUUUACACUACGUGCUGGUUCUCUUCCUGUGGUUAGACCGUUUAAUGUUUCACUGCCAAACGGUGUUGUCAGCCCUGGUAACACUUAUGCAAUUAGUGUACCUGCUAUGAAACCGUCUAACCAAACGUUUGCAGCUGAUGACUGUGGCACAUACUCCUUCUUUUAUGUUAAAUCAACUAACUUACGAAAUGCAGCAAAUGCUGAAAUAGAUAUUAAAUCCCCGAAGUAUGGGUUGUGGUAUGUUGGAGUUUAUAUGACUAUAUCGCUGCAGAAAGAAUGUAUAGCGUGGUUAUUACCUUCUGUCAGACAUGAUAUUUCCAGUAUUGACGGAUUUAUAUCAUACAGUGAGAAUAUUCAGUCCAAACUCAACUAUUCUACUCCUUUUGAAAAACCAGUCGGUGAAAGCUCCACUAACUUUCCUAGUCAAUCAACACUCGAUUCACGUGUCAGCAAAAAGCUGUUCCACAGGAAGAAACGACGUAAACCGCUUUAUCGUUCAGCUAUUCAUUCAACAGCAGACCAACCAAAACAUGGUGGUUCCAUAGUACUUCCUAGCCCUUCAAAUGAACCAAUGAAUAGUGGCUCACAAGAUUCAGGGAAUUUAUUCAUAAUUUCACCAUUUGAUUUAGAGCUGUCUCCUAUGGAAAAUCGGUUGUACACACUCCCUGUUAUGGACGAAAUGACUAGUAUAGACUUUGUAUUAGAAGAAUGCAGGAUUGUUACACCGAUCGCUCCAUCACUUGGAAAUAUAUCGGAGUCUAAGAGAAGCAAUCCAAAUUUAAAAGAAGCAUCAGAAUCACCUUCAAACAAUGAUCUGCUUAGUGAAAUGAUAUCCGAUCCAUCUUUAUGUCCAGUCAUUGUUGAUGCUAGUGCUGGAGCUGUACCACUCAGUCUUUCUAAUCUAGACCAACCUAAAGUAUUUGGAAUUUUGACUGAAAAUAAAUCUGACAGUAGAGAAGAUACUUCUUUAAAUGCUGGUGGUCAACCUUCAAAUAUUUUUAAUCGAAUGUACCAAUCAGGUAUUCAAAGAACAUUCCGUUUACUAGGACUACGCGGUUCUCAAGUAGAGCAUUAUGUAUACAUUCUUAACAGAGCUACUCAUGUCGCUGUGUAUGUUCGAUUAGCUGUGGUCCCAAAGUUUGGUUUUUCAGUAAUGAGAAAUUCCAGGAAUUUUCGUACUGAAGAUUAUAUCCCUCUAACAAUUCAAUCGAAGUUGAAAAAAGAUUCACUACAAUUAUUAUUGUUAUUAUCAACUUCUGAUAAUAAAUCAAGUAAAGAGAAAUUAAAUUCAGGAAGACUGAUGAAUGAAAGCAAUACUAAUUUAAAUUAUCGUCAGUUUAUGAUAUCAUUGUUACCAUGGAUUAAUUCUAAUUGGCCAGAAUUAACACCAGAAUAUGGGGAAAAGAAGUGGAUUAGGAUUCAGUCUUCAAAUAAUAUUGUAAAUAAUUAUAAUAAUAAUAACAAUAAUAGCAGUGAAAUAAUUCAUUCAAAUUUUGAUACAUUCAAUUCUGAGCAUCCAGGAUAUCAAAAUUUACCAUUAUGUUUUAUAUGGCCACAACCAUCACGGGUUCAGUUGCCGAUGAAAUUCACGUAUCAUUUCACUUAUCAGCCUGAUUUUGGUCGUUAUGCCAGUUUGUUACAUUUGAAACCAUGGCAUGUUGUAGCUAUACCUAUUACAUUGAAUGCAGUAACAGAUGUAUCCAGUGUCCUGGAAAUUGCUGUACAACUGAACGCACUCAACGUUUCUUGGCAAUACAAUGAAACAUACAGAGAACCUUUACCACGUCAAAUCAUACUGCAUGGAUGUUUUGCUCAGCAUUUGACAAAUACACCGAAAGGCUUUACAGAUCCACGUCAGUGUCCUUUAUGGAUUCGUUUAGCUACAGACCAUGGAUUAGCAGUGUCUGUAGCACACGCUACAUCUUCAGCUGUUUUUCAAGCCUUCGCCUCUAGUCAAUCACCGCGACGAAGUGAACGACCACCGAAUUUUGAUACAUCAUUUAGAGAAGAUGUAGACAGAAGCUUUUUUUAUUUUCCUUAUCCAUCACCUGGACUUUGGUACCUCAGUAUAUAUCCUGAAUGUUAUACAGCAUAUGAGGCUUUUUGUGGAUUCGAUCAGUCAGCAGUUAUUGAUGUCUCACUUAUUAUACGUUCAACUCCAUGUAUAAAUAAUCGUUGUCGACAGAUUGGUGAAGGUGCUUCUCUUGCACCGUCUCGUCUUUUGUAUCCAAAUAACUUUAAAGAAAAUAUUUCCACUGCUAGAGAUAUUAAUCAACGUUGGCGUCCACCAUGGUGGUCAAAUAGUGAUUAUAACAAUGACAAUAUUGAUGCUAUACCGGAUAAAGAUAAGUUAACCGCUUCAAACUAUGACAGUCCAUUUAAACCAAUACCUAUUAGAAAACGACUGCAUAAAAUACCAGGUGAAGGAAUAUGCAUAAAUCUUUUUCAACGAUCAAUUCAUGUAUCUACUUGUGCAUGUCCUAUUGGUUAUGCUGGUUUAGGCUGUAUGCCAUUACCAAUUAAAUAUUUUCAUACAUUUGGUCUUAAUCCACAAAGGCAAAUAUUAUCAUAUGACGCUAUUCUAUUAUCUCUAUCAAAUUUUGGUUUUAUCCCAGCAAUUCUCUUAUCAGUUAUUCAUCGGUUAUGGAUACCAGCAUUAGUUUAUGGGUAUACUUUUCUUUUUUCUACACUCUAUCAUAUAUGUGAUACCGACUCUAAUCUGAUACCAGGUUAUACUGUAAUGCAUACUCCAGGUUUUGAUGGUACUAUUCUGCAUCAAUCAACAGAUAUUGGAUUAAAAAUGAAUAUACCAAUUAAAAAAGCAUUUGCUUAUUCACAAUUCGCUUCACCUAUUUGUGUUCUACCGGUGGAUACACUAUCAUUUUGUGAUUUUUUCGGUGGCAUUUUCUCCAUAUGGAUUAGUAUAUUAACAGCAGCUGCUUUACCUAUGAAAUAUGCUCAUUGUGCAUUUAUUCUCGGUGCGCUAUCUUUAACCGUAGCCGUACAAGUAGUACGUUAUUCAGUUGGAAUAUUUUUAGUCCCUUUACUACUUGGUUCAGUGAUUCUUUUUUCUUCAUGGAUCAAUAUCUGUUACAAACUAAAAGCACUUUUCCCACCAAUUCAAUGGUGGAUAGUUGGAUUCAUUCCCGGUGUAUUGUUUGCAUGCAUUGGCGCUUCCAUGUUCUUCAAUGGACAAUCACCAAAAGAGUAUACAAAAUCGCAUAGUACAUGGCAUAUAUUAAUUGGUUUAUCAUUGGCUUGUUUUCUGCCUUGGUCAUUUCGUUGGCGUAUUGCAUUAAGCCCAAUUAUUGCUGUGCAUAUACCAUUAUCAUGCGGUACAUUAUCUGCAAAAUAUGAAUAUGAUUUGUCAAAUACAUCAAAUAGUAAUUCUUUAGUACCAGUCGAUGAAGCAGUACCUGAAGAAGCAGGAAUCAUUACUUCGAGUGGAUUACAACAAGAUAAUAGUAAUACUACCAAUAGUAAUAAUAAUAAUGCUAAUUUUCCUGGUGAAUAUAUAGUCUUACCAAAAAUUGCAUAUAAGUCAUCAAUUAUUCUAAGUAGAAUUUUUGACUUAUCUAGUGUAAUAUCACAGUGUGCAUUAAGAACUUACCAAAAAUUUACUUCCCGACUGGAUGAACUACUUCAGUUGAAUUUUAUCCUUGAUCCUGUAUGUUCUCGUUGGCCGAAAUUAAAAUGGAUAUUACCAUACGGUUACAAGUCGGAGACCACAAUAUCUGUUAGUGCUCAAGCCGAUUGAAUAUCUUUCAGCUUUCACCAACCUCUGUAUUACCACCUCCUCUACAACCUUGCUGUCAUUGAAAUGAGGUGUCGAAGGAGGGCGACAGAAAGAACAGUCUAGUCAUUUUUUUUUGCUUUUUUAUACAGAAUAGAAAAUAAUUUUUUCUGUUUCUUUUACAUUAACAUUACACAGUGUUUUAUUAUUACUACUGUUUAUGUUUACGUUGAAUAGUUAGUUUUCUGAACUCACAUCAUGUACACAUGUGUUUGUAUAUCAGCAUUUAGUGAUAACAUAUUCUCCAAUCUUCUCAAUUAGAAAUAACAAACAAACAAACAACCAACUGUGACGUAUGUGAUCAGAAUCUUUCCACUUGCAUUAAACAUUGUAUAAAGCUUUAAUGUGUUUUAUUCUAGUGUGUAGUAUUUGUGUAUGUGUGCGUGUGCCUAUGUAGAUAGAUUAUUGUAAUAUUGUGAUAUGUGUAAUGCUAUUUCUUGUUGUGAUUAGUGUUGUCUUUAAUUAAGUUCACUUGUAUGUAGAAAAGUGUUCUCUUCCCCUGCUCUUCGUCUUAUUUUAUUAUUCUUAUAUACAAACAUCAGUAAAUAAAUGUAUAUAUAUAUAUAUAUAUAU